UUGGUGCCGCUCGGACGAUUGGUUGGAGUAGGGGGCACCUUACACUGCAUAUAAGAUGCUGUGUCCGCGUUGUACUAGACCGGUACCAGCUGUAGGCGAGCAAAGACAGCGAGGUAGUACGGAUUAGUACGCUCGCGCAGUUAGUGCUCGGCGUAUAGAGGCUAAACAACUAUCGGUAUAAAUUUCUUGUUUUCCCUUCGUUUCCGAAGCCGCGUCGCAUUCUACGAGUCCCAAGCAGGACAAGUGUACGAGGCUCCCGUUUCGACGUUCACGACUUUCCGGUGCUUAAGUAUCAUCUCCCCGCGGUGCAACGUCCCUCACCGUCCGCAUUUGCGGAAAAGCAAAGAGAAACUUUUGUCGAUUGAAUAGAGUCGCCAAAGUGUCGAGAUACCACGUCGACUGAAAAUGGAGAUUUGCAAUCGGGAGAAUCGACUGUACGAUGUGCCGCGCGGAAAAGCGUCGUGCCUAGUUGAGAACGGGGAGAAACUCCGGCGGGAGAAAGUUUCCACCCUGCGGGAACUUAUAGAUGCGCUGCACGAGGCCUUCAAGACGGAUCAUGUGAAUAUCGAUCACGUUCAGGACCUGAUGAUGAGUUACAAGAGCAAUCCUGCGGAAUGGAAGAAAUUUGCCAAGUUCGAUAGAUACAGAUAUACGAGGAACCUGGUUGAUGAAGGAAACGGGAGGUUCAACCUCAUGGUGUUGUGCUGGGGGGAAGGUCACGGGUCAGCCAUACACGAUCAUGCCAACGCGCACUGCGUGAUGAAAAUUCUGCAGGGGAAACUGUGCGAGACGCGGUACGCGUGGCCUGCGGAAUCCGAGACGGAAGAGAACGUGGAGGAGCUCAAGGAACUCGAGAGGAACACGCUUGAUAUGAAUGAGAUUUGUUAUAUCAAUGAUUCGCUGGGUUUGCACCGCGUUGAAAAUCCAAGCGCGAUGAAUCCCGCGAUCUCCCUGCAUCUGUACUCGCCGCCGUUCUCGUCGUGCUCGGUCUUCAACAAGCAGACUGGACAGAAGUCUACGUGUAAGGUCACAUUUUGGUCCAAGUACGGGGAAAGAAGGAAUCGGGAAAUUCAAGAUACCAGAUCUCCCGAGGAUAACUAAUCUGAGGAAGAAAUACCAUCAGCAAUUUAGAAUCGACAAUAUUCUAAUCGAGUGCGGAAAGCAAUUUGCAUCGUCUCAGAUUGGACCUGGUUGCUCAAUUCGCAUAAAUUAAUUAAGAUAGAUAGUCUUUAACAAUUGUACUAUUACUAUUGUCCAAUUUGCCGUGUGUAAUCGUUUUUUAAGUACUUAAAUCUACUUGUAAGGAUUUGUAGAUAUUCUCAAGUAAAAAUAACUGUACAUGUAUAUUUCUUUUUUAAAAAUAAGUUAACUUACACUGA